AUGUCUACCGUGGGCAAGACCAUCACCUGUAAGGCCGCCGUCGCCUGGGAGGCCGGUAAGCCUCUGUCCAUCGAGGACAUUGAAGUUGCUCCUCCCAAGGCCAACGAGGUCCGUAUCCAGGUCUACUACACUGGUGUUUGCCACACAGAUGCCUACACUCUCUCCGGUAAGGACCCUGAGGGUGCUUUCCCCAUUGUCCUCGGACACGAGGGUGCCGGUAUCGUUGAGUCGGUUGGUGAGGGCGUCACCAACGUCAAGCCUGGUGACCACGUUGUUGCCCUUUACACCCCCGAAUGCAAGGAGUGCAAGUUCUGCAAGUCCGGAAAGACCAACCUCUGCGGCAAGAUCCGAGCCACUCAGGGCAAGGGUCUGAUGCCCGAUGGUACCUCUCGAUUCAAGUGCAAGGGCAAAGAUCUACUUCAUUUCAUGGGCACCUCCACCUUCUCUCAGUACACCGUCGUCGCCGACAUCUCCGUAGUCGCCAUCGAGCACGAUGCUCCUAUGGACCGAACCUGUCUGCUUGGCUGCGGUAUCACCACUGGAUAUGGUGCUGCUACCAUUACAGCCAACGUUCAGGAGGGUGACAACGUGGCCGUCUUCGGUGCCGGAUGUGUCGGUCUUUCAGUCGUUCAGGGUGCCGCUGCCCGUAAGGCUGGCAAGAUCAUUGUUGUUGAUGUCAACCCCUCCAAGAAGGCCUGGGGUGACAAGUUUGGUGCUACUCACUUCGUGAACCCCACCGAGCUCGGUGACCAAUCCAUCCAAGACAAGCUCAUUGAGAUGACUGAUGGUGGUUGUGACUACACCUUCGACUGCACUGGCAACGUUGGUGUCAUGCGUGCUGCCCUCGAGGCUUGUCACAAGGGUUGGGGUGAGAGCAUUGUCAUCGGUGUUGCUGCCGCUGGUCAGGAAAUCUCUACUCGACCUUUCCAACUUGUUACUGGCCGAGUGUGGCGAGGAUGUGCAUUCGGUGGUGUCAAGGGCCGCUCUCAGCUGAACGACCUUGUCGCCGACUACAAGAAGGGUGAUCUCAAGGUCGACGAGUUCAUCACCCACCGCAAGACUCUCGGCGAGAUCAACAACGCCUUUGAGACGAUGAAGCAAGGCGACUGCAUCCGUGCCGUCGUCGAUAUGCAAAAGCUUGAGCCUAAAAUUUAA